CGGACGCGGAGCUGCAGUUAGUCUAGCGCGACCGCCGCGAGUGCGUGUGAGGGCCGCCGAGUUCUGUCCCGUGCAGGUGGGCAGCGUUAGCCGCGGCAGCAGCCAGAGCCACCGUGCGGGAUAGCCAUGAAGCACUACGAGGUGGAGAUCCUGGACGCCAAGACCAGGGAGAAACUCUGCUUCCUGGACAAGGUGGAGCCUCAGGCCACCAUUGCAGAAAUCAAGAACCUCUUCACCAAGACCCAUCCUCAGUGGUACCCAGCCCGCCAGUCCCUCCGCCUGGACCCCAAGGGCAAGUCCCUGAAGGACGAGGAUGUCCUGCAGAAGCUGCCCGUGGGCACCACGGCCACGCUCUACUUCCGCGACCUGGGCGCCCAGAUCAGCUGGGUGACGGUCUUCCUGACCGAGUACGCCGGCCCGCUGUUCAUCUACCUUCUCUUCUACUUCCGCGUGCCCUUCAUCUACGGCCACAAAUACGACUUCACGUCCAGUCGGCACUCGGUGGUGCACCUCGCCUGCAUCUGCCACUCCUUCCACUACGUGAAGCGCCUGCUGGAGACUCUCUUCGUGCACCGCUUCUCCCACGGCACCAUGCCCUUGCGCAACAUCUUCAAGAACUGCACCUACUACUGGGGCUUCGCGGCCUGGAUGGCGUAUUACAUCAACCACCCGCUCUACACGCCCCCCACCUACGGCGCUCAGCAGGUUAAGCUGGCACUGGCCAUCUUCGUGAUCUGCCAGCUAGGCAAUUUCUCCAUCCACAUGGCCCUGCGGGACCUGCGGCCUGCGGGGUCCAAGACCAGGAAGAUCCCAUACCCCACCAAGAACCCCUUCACGUGGCUCUUCCUGCUGGUAUCCUGCCCUAACUACACCUACGAGGUGGGGUCCUGGAUCGGCUUUGCCAUCAUGACGCAGUGUGUGCCAGUGGCUCUCUUUUCCCUGGUGGGUUUCACCCAGAUGACCAUCUGGGCCAAGGGCAAGCACCGCAGCUACCUGAAGGAGUUCCGGGACUACCCGCCCCUGCGUAUGCCCAUCAUCCCCUUCCUGUUAUAGCGCCCAGCCCUGUCCCUGGGCGGCCCCACCCUCCCGCACCCCGAAUAAAACUGCCUGCUCGCCCCA